CAAGUCGACAACCAAAGUCGCGCUCACUCCGAAUGAUUUCGACGAAGUGUCAUUGGCUUACACGCCAUUUCACCUCGCCCAGAGUCAUCUUUUCCCAUGGCUUGCCUGCUAUUGUGCCCUAUAGAACCUAGCUGUCGGCGAAAAUUUGUAAGUUCACCUUCACUUUUGGUAGCUAUGCUAUUGUAAGUGCUGCAGAAUAGACGUCGUCUCAGUCCCACAUAUAAGACAGCCCUUUCGUCUCCAACUUUUCUCCAGCUUUCUCCAACCAUCUCACACACACAAAUUCAAAGACUCUUCUUACGUCUACUAUACCACUACAACACUACCAAACCCAUCCAAGACUAGAAUCCAACACAAGUCAUACAAUACCGCAACAUCCUCACCAUCACACACAUACACCCUUACCACAUUCGCGACCAAGACAAAUCGCCAGAAUGUAUGCAUCGCCCCCCGUUCGUAUGUACGGUGCCGGUGCCAAGGAGGCCGCCGACGAACGUCUCCUCGACGAGGUCAGGAGUCGUCGUCUGGCCAGCGACGCAGCCACCACCAGCGUUGUCGCCGCCGCCGCCAAGACCGCCCACCACGAGUCCGUCGAGGGCAUCCAAGAGAGACUUAUCGAGGUCCGCCGCCGCCGCCAAUUCCUGCUUGAGGAAUUGAGCAAGAACAAGGCCGCCGAAGAGACUUUACUCCGCAAGGCUGAUCGGGCUUCGGCCAUGAAGAGGAAUAUCUCGGGUUUGGCAGAGAAGAAGGAGGAGAGGGAGAGGAAGAGGAAGGCAGCUUUUGAGCAGAAGAGGUUGGAGAAGGAGAUGGGGGGUAGGCCGGUGGGUGUGGUGAAAAAGGCGCCGCAGAAGGGGCAGGCGGCGUGGAAGAGCAAGUUCAAGGACUUGUAGGCAGCGGGGUUUUUUUGGGGGCCGAUUGGAGAAGUAGGUAGAUGGUGAUGUCGUCGCCUGGCUUGAGAUUUUCCUGAAUGAAUGAUGUUUGCUGACGAUAAUGUAUGCCUUAGUCGUGAUUUACUGCCUCACACCACUGGGCGCACGAUGAUAUGUAGUUGUGAAGUCACUUUAUGUCAGCGCAGAUACUCAACCCAUUAUCACUGAAUACCUCCUGGCUACAUGAUGUCGCGACGUGCGUGCUCUAAUAAUGCGUGGUAUGCAU